UCGGCUGCUCGCUAUCUAUCAACAUAAUUAAUGGAGAAUUAGUUUCGAGAUGUAACAUUCACACAGUCAUGGUACAAAUCACUGGACAGUGUCGGCGCGGGAAGACAAUAUUUCUCCCCAGUUUAAACUCUGUAGAGGAACAUAAUGAAUGCCGCCUACGGCUGUGCCGGUAAUUAAUACCUUCCAUCCUUCCAUCCGCAUCAAUCCACAUCCCUCUUUGGGUGUUUCUCUGGACACAUGAAAAAUGGCUGUCUGCUUCAACGACUCAAGAACAUGAUCAACUUUUUAGUGCUGCGGUACUAAACAGCACAAUUGUGAUGCUUGUCUCGUCGUCAGCUAUGCACUAUCGAAACGAAUCAUUUCAGCCCCCAACCUCGUAGAGUUGCCUCUGCUGACGGCUUACAAGACCGCGUUGCCGACUCAACUCAGGUCCCAUCCACUCAGGUGAUGCUGAUGGCUUGGAAAAUCGCGAACCGCGUUACCAACUUGAAUCAGAUCCUGUCUUGUGCUAACGGCUCAUAAAACCGUUUUGCCGACUCGACUCGGAUCUCGUCCUCUGCAGCACAAACAUGCUCCGAAAUCCAGUUCAGAGAACCAAGACUGAAUAACGAAUGAACAAUUAUAACCAAUGAACAUCGCGCCGGAAAUCCUUUGACCGCUACAGCAAGAACCGGAACGAACAUCCCGCAGCUGCUGAGCUUUGGCUAUCCACUUCAAAGUCUGCGACCACACGGCUCUAGUGAAUGAGAGUAUGUACGGGAAGAUGUUCUGUAUGGGUAUGCUCGCCUCAACGUGCUGAUAGAGCGUGUGAAUAUGCACUCGUGCUGGUGUCGCUGGCGAUCUACAAAAUUUGGGGGCCGCAAAACGUGUCGAGCAAGCUUUAUCUUCCAUCCCUCUAUAUAUAAC